UGCUAUGAAUAUUGUGUGUGAUGCUUGCCGUCAAGUUGGCCAGAUUCAUAAUCUGCCCUCUGUAAACAGUAUUCAAGUAUCCUCGAAAGCCAAAAAUCACUUGGGUUAAAGUCGGGUGAACGUGGCUUUCACGCUGUUGGAAAAUGGAUGUUAUUCUAAUAAGCAGUCAGCAGCUGCUUCACACAAGUAGGAAUAUGAGGAUGACGCCAUCUUGCAUGAUUGUGCAAUCCACACGCUGACGCUACUAAAGUGUCGCAAAAAUGUUUUAUGCAUAAAUGUUUCAUACCGCUUGCCAGUAACGGUGCAUGUACCGGGACUCGCAAGUGUGAUCUUGAAGAAAAAAGAGCCAACGACAAACGCUGCCAUUAUUUUGCACACGCAGUGAUCUAAUUAUUAAUAAUGACUAAUUUAUUCACUUUUAAACUAAUGGCCAUUUUAUUUGUUUCAUUUUUAAGGACGAAGAAGGACAAACAGUGCUGCAUUUCGCUGCUGCUCGAGUACAUCCGGACGGCAGCCUCUAUGCACUUUUGAGUCAUGCUGAAGUCUUGUUGGGGGAAAGAGAUUCUUUGUACCGCACAUGUUGGGAUGUUGCUGAUGAAGCUGGACAGCAAGAAAAUACCGCUACCAUCGACAGAUACGUGCUAGAUGCUUUUCUGCAGCAGCGUUAUUCUUUUAUACAGAUGCUGAAACAUGAUGGAUAUGACCACAUGUUACAGAUUAAGGACAAUAUCGGCAGGGAUAUUGAAACAAUAUUCGAAGAGUUAAAGAUGCACUCUAACUCUUCUUUUCUGAGGAAUAUUACUGACUUUGUGAGAAGAAGAGAAGACCUGCAUGGUUAUAUCAGAAAUAGCUACUUGGAAGGCACUUGCCGACUCAUUAGAUCAGAUAACACACUUGUCACUGCAAAAAGCCAGAGAGCGAGAUGCGCUCUUCACGUGGCUGUGCUUUUCGAACAUAUUGGUGUUAUUCAGGCGUUGGUCAAAGCCAACUCAUCCGCAGUACAUGUGUCUGAUAAUUUGGGCAGAACUCCUCUUCAUUAUGCAAUGGCCACAAAGAAAGUAGAUAAAAUUUCGAACAUACUUGUUAAAGCGGGUGCUUUAAGGACCACUAAAGAUGUAAAAAUGAGGUCUCCUAGCUACUUCUUUAUCUAUAAAGAAGAAAUACAAAGGAUAUAUGAAGAAGAACUUCGUCUUGCUUGACUUAACUUGCUCAGUCAGAACUUUCGUAGAACUAUAAAAUAUUGCCUUGGGUGAAAAACAAUUUCUACCUUCCGAAAUUUUAUGCUUUUCUUGAAUACUAUGUACAGUAAAAUUUCCUAUGGAAUAAGAAAUUAUACUGUAUGAAGAAGCCUUUUAACCUUCGAAACUUUGCGUGUGCUUUCAUGUCAUUUUCUAAAUCAUGUUUUCUUAUUGAGCUAUUCUCAGAUUUCAGAAUUUCAGCAUAUCAAUGUAUAGUUGAUGUAAAUUAUUCAUCCUUGUUACAGUUUUUAUCUGAUUAAGUAAUAAAUCAUUAACUUUUU